UCCGCCGGUUGUUCAUGCUCCGCAUUGACGUCAAGGAAGUCCGUUGGUGACUUUCUAAAUUUGAAUACCCUCCACCUACGUUCCAGCGUGUGGCACGUUGUACGUAGCAGGCAUGUAUGAUGCUAUUGGAAUGUAUACAACUUGAAUCUAGAAGCGAUAUAAAAUGCAACUUGGCUACCAUGCCGACAAUGAACAGGCUUUAAAAACAAGGAAUUGCGUACCAAAUUCAAGCUUCCACCCAAGCGCUGCGUGGCAGGACGACAGGCAGAAAAUGGCAAUUUACGCUUGAUUGCGUGCAUAGAUAUUGGAAUCUUUUUUUGCAAUGGCUAACGAUUCAUGCCCUCCCAAAUGCUUCAACGGUACUCACAACCACGUCAAGAGUGUCCCUGAACCUAAAAUUCUGGACACUAUCUUGGAUCAUAUCGGUAACACUCCUAUGGUGCGUGUUAAGAAAAUUGCAAAGGAAGAGGGCCUCAAGUGUGAACUCUUGGCCAAGUGCGAGUUUUUCAACGCCGGUGGAUCUGUCAAGGACCGUAUUGCCAAGCGUAUGAUUGAAGAGGCUGAAGCUGCUGGCAUUAUCACUCCCGGAGUCAGUACCAUCAUUGAACCUACCUCUGGUAACACUGGUAUCGGUUUGGCUUUGGCUGCAGCGGUUAAAGGAUACAGGACCAUUAUUACACUUCCCGAAAAAAUGUCACAAGAGAAGGUGGAUGUUCUCAAAGCGUUGGGAGCAGAAAUCAUCCGUACCCCUACCGAAGCUGCUUGGGACGCUCCUGAGUCACAUAUCGGUGUUGCAAAGAAAUUGCGUGAUAGCAUUCCUAACGCUGUGAUUUUGGAUCAAUAUGGAAACCCUUAUAACCCAAUUGCUCACUACGAUACUACUGCUGAAGAAAUCUUGGCCUCUUGUGACGGACAAGUUGAUAUGUUGGUUGCUGGUGCUGGUACAGGAGGUACCAUCUCUGGUAUUGCUCGCAAACUUAAGGAGAAGUGCCCUAACGUCAAGAUUGUUGGUGUUGACCCUCACGGUUCCAUCCUUGCUGUGCCAGAAAGCUUGAACACUACUACAGAUUCAUAUCAAGUUGAAGGUAUCGGCUAUGAUUUCAUUCCUGAAGCCUUGGACCGAUCCCUUGUUGAUAUUUGGGUCAAGUCCUCCGAUAAAGAAUCAUUCCUUAUGUCUCGAAGACUCAUUCGUGAAGAAGGUAUUCUUUGCGGUGGUUCCUCCGGUACAGCUAUGUGGGCAGCUGUUCAAGCGGCCAAAGAAUUGAAGGAAGGUCAAAAGUGUGUUGUCAUUCUCCCUGAUUCCGUCCGAAACUAUAUGACCAAGUUCUUGAAUGAUGACUGGAUGCGCUCCCGUGGAUUUACUGACGAUGCGUUUGAGGCCAAGAGUUUUGAAAAGAAGGCUGAGAAAGAUUACCAUGGAGCCAAGGUUGCUGACCUCAAGCUCAAGGAUGCUGUCACUACCGACAUUCAUACUACGUGCAAAGAUGUUAUUGAUAUCAUGAGCACUAAUGACUUUGACCAAAUCCCCGUCGUUUCUGGCCCUCAACGUCGUCUUCGCGGUUUAUUGACCCGUGGUAACAUUCUUGCUCGUAUUGCCUCUGGUCGAGCCACCCCAGCCUCACCUGUUGAGGAUGUUAUGUUUCACUUUGACAACCACAGCAGUGACUUCAAGGAAAUCACAGACGAGACCCCUCUAGACACCCUUACUCGUUUCUUUGAAAACCACUCCAGUGCUGUUGUCACUCAAAACGUGAAUGGAAAAGCCGAGGUCAAACAUAUUGUCACCAAGGUAGAUUUGCUUUCCUACCUUGCGCAAGGCAUCAAGUUGUAAUGGAAACCACAAGCAAGUUUAUUGAGCAAACUACUAGUACCCUUUCUUCGUAUUUCUUUUUUUGUUUUUUUUUGUUUUUGUGUACACGCUGGAUUUUGUAGAGCAAGGGCCGAUGGUUACC